CGCAGCGCUAGCUUCCGAUUGGUGAGCGGCCGCGUCGGUCGUGGGUCUCUCUGCCCCCCACCCCCGCUCCCCGCAGGCGGAAGAGUCUCGCCCAGGACGGGGGUAUUUGGGACACAGUUGUUAAUGGAAGAAUUCAUGUAUAAAUACAAAAUAAGAAAGGCAAUCUAAUCUUUGAGGAAAUGGCAGGAUUCCUAGACAACUUCCGGUGGCCAGAAUGUGAGUGUAUUGACUGGAGUGAAAGAAGAAAUGCCAUCGCUUCCAUAGUUGCGGGCAUAUUGUUUUUCACAGGUUGGUGGAUAAUGAUAGAUGCUGCAGUAGUUUACCCUAAGCCAGAACAAAUGAACCAUGCGUUCCAUACCUGUGGGGUGUUUUCAACACUAGCUUUUUUCAUGAUAAAUGCUGUAUCAAAUGCACAGGUGAGAGGAGACAGCUACAGUGAUGGAUGUUUAGGAAGAACAGGUGCUCGUGUCUGGCUCUUCAUUGGCUUUAUGUUGAUGUUUGGUUCACUUAUUGCUUCAAUGUGGAUUCUUUUUGGAGCAUAUGUUACACAGAACACUAAUGUUUAUCCUGGAUUAGCAGUGUUUUUCCAAAAUGCGUUGAUAUUUUUCAGUACUCUGAUCUACAAGUUUGGAAGAACGGAAGAGUUAUGGGGAUGAGAGAUCACGUAUAGCAUUGUCUAUGCCAUAGUUGCUAUGUCGUACUAUGUAUGUAGAUAUAUUUACAUUUAUUUGUUCUUGUUUUGCUUUCUAAAUUGUAUGAACUGAGACAAAUUCCGGUUUUGGUAAUAAGCUCCCUCUUUUCACAGGACAGACUUGUGAAUAUGUACAUAUGACUGUAUAUAUCUUAAAAAGGGAACGUCAGGCUUUCUUUCUGAAGUCUUCGGGCUCAUUUCUUCAAAUACAUGGGUUUCCAUCAACUCCCAAGACUUGAUCUUACCAAACCUUCACGUGUGUCAGAGACUUCAGUGGAGAUAUUAGUGAACAAGCAGGAUAAAGCCCAUAGCUGAUAAAAGGGGUUAUUACUUUUCACGCGUAGGUGAGCUAGAGCCAAUUUUGCAAGGGCUGCCCGCGUAACCUGAAGUAGUCAGUCAGCACGUGGAAGGGACCCAGCUAAGCCUGUAUUUCAUGAGGGUAAAUUCUGUUGUAUGCUGGGAUAAGAGUUGAUUUUAAGAAUUUUAUAUAACUGUUGAGAAAAAUAUAAAGUAGCUAUUUUUUUGUAAAAGGUUCUGAAUUUUUAAACAAGGCCCUAUAUUAAGCAGGUUCUGCAUGGCAAAUCAAACUGUCGCUGACUUCUGAUUGCUAUAGCACAAAUGACAUUUGGUAGCACCACAGUCCUUAGAAUCAAUUUCAUGCUGUUCAGUGUAACAGAUACCAAUUAGUAUUUUAUGUAUUUUCUGACAUUAGAAUAAGAAAAAACCCAAACUGAUGCCAGUCAUACUUAAGGAAUAUAAAGAAUAAAUGAGAGUCAGACUAACAUCUUUAAAAUUAUGCUAGCAUAAUUUUCUUCAGGGGAAGCUUUUUGCUGAUAAAUGAAGUUAUCCUGCUACCUAUUACCUUUUCGAUUUAAAAGGCGAGCAUUUCAAGUGGAGAUGUAGUAGAUGUAUUUAUUGCUCACAAUCUUAUCUUGAAAUAAUUGCCAGUUACAGGACUACCAUUUGCCCCAGUUAAAAUAUAUUUAUCUCCUAAAUUUCAUGGGCACUUUACGGGAAUGCUUCCAGUAUUGAAAUUCAGCUCCUUCUAGCUGGAGUAUGCAGAAAGGGAGAACAACAAUGUUUUAUAGCUUCGAACUGAUCUUGCAUCUUCAUCCUGCUGUUGGUGACUUCCUUAUCUUAUAAAUUCUGUGCGGGUGGUUUUUGUUUUUCUUUCUUUUUGUUUGUUUUUUUUUUUUUUUAAAGCAUUUGAACCUACCUUGUAUCUAAAAGCUUUUAGAACUUUCCACAUAUCAAGAUUGCUGACCAAGUGGUAGGAAACUGCAGAAUGUAACUUCUGUGCACGGUUACCGUGUGCUGUUAGUCAUCUAAUUGCUCCCUUGUGGGAAUCUCUCCAGUGGACAGAAUAUGAAGCAAAUACUGCAGCUGAAAUUGUGCUACUGGCUAAACUAACUUCAUCCCGAUGUCAUCAUCCUGCAGUGAGUUACCAUGUAUUCGCUGGUGUUAAUCACAGCUUUGUACAUAAGUUGUCCGUUUGGUUGUAAUUUCAGAAAACUGCAAUAAACUUUCUUUCAUGUUCUCAAAAUAGCAAACUGCACAAGGUGAUUGUACAGUAGUACUCUACUUAACAGCUCAAGUAGUACUGACCGUUAAGCAAGUCUUACACCAGCUAGUAAGUACAACCAAGGGUUUUGUUUUCAUGUCUGUCACUAUCUUGCUUGGGAAAGGUUUGUUGUAAGUGAGAACCAAGUGUAGCCUGUAACCAAUCCCAUUUACAGUAUCUUGCACCUGACACUAAACAGCACAAGCCAAGCGUUUGGCUCUGGAAGAACUCUUACAGCAUGCUUUAAUGUAAGUUCCCCGUUAAAAAGCAGUUUUCUUGAGAGCAGGGCGAGAGCUCCUUUCUGAGGUUACCUGCAUCUUCUGCCAGAAGUUUGCUUUCUUGCAAGCUUGUUUUAGAUAAUGCCUUGGCCUGCUACAGCUGGCAGUUGUGAAGAUAACUCCUGAGUUACUCUUAACAAAAGGUUUUUAAAAUCCUAUUUGUGUAACUGUAAGCCUAUUUAGUAACAACUCUAACGGAAGUCAUGUAGGGCGUAGUCAGCAAGUUGGAUGCUGUAUUGCUAAAUAUUCACGGGAGAUGUUUUAACUGCUGCCUUAUUUACGUCCUCUGUUAUGCAUCUAGGUGUGCGAGCCUGUGGUUCUUCAGUUGUUUACAGCACAGUAUAUAAAAAGAACAUGGAUGAACUUAAAAGGUAUCAUGCAGCUUGUGGCUGACUUGCAAAUUCUUAUCACUUGAGGUAUGACUAAGUCUUUGGCCAGCUACGUUGUCGUUGGCAUGUUGCCCAAUCACAAUUGAUUAGAUUAGUUCUGCAAGGAAACAACCUCAUGAAACUUUUGAAAAAAAUGUUAGUGCUUUUUCAUGUUAGUUGCAUGUAUUCCUGGAAGGAGUAGAACAGCAUUACCUUGAAUAAGCCAUGGCUCUGACAGUGACCAGAUUCAUUAACAGACCUAAGUAACUUGAACAAGUUAUUUGCAAAUAAAGAAGCAUAUUUAUUUUUUUUUAAACAACUUGUAUCAAACCCAGGAAAAACAUCAAACAAAUAAAACCAGUCUUUUAGUACA